AUGGCUUCUCUACACCCGGCGCCCAAUAUGGCGCCUGGCAAUGUAACCUUGCCGCCGAACUUGACACAGCAAAAUGUUCAAGAGAUUCUGCAAAAAUACAAGCAGAUGCAAGAGCAAGGUGUCCGCGCCGAUGAUCCAGAGUUCCAAAAGGCCCACAACCUCCUGAGUAUGAUUCAACGACAGCAGGCAUUCGCAAAGCAACAGCGCAUGGCUCAACAGCAGGCGCAACAACAGCGCCCUCCCCAGCAGACAAAUGGUGGCAUUAACGCCGAGGCCGUUGCUGCCAACAGUGCCAGUAGUGCCCAUGGUGAGCUUCCUCCCUGCCAUCCGGAACUCUCAAUAUCCCCACACCCUCGCCACACUGUGGAAUUGGCUACCCAAUCUGAUACCAUGAUUAACGCGUCAACAGCACGAACUGCCUCGGCCUCAUCGACGACCAACCCCAAUCCCUCUGCAGCCUCAGCACAGAACCAAAAGAAUGCACCAGUGCCCGGUGGUAACUUCUCACCAGAGCAGUUGGCUACCCUGCGAAAUCAGAUUUUGGCUUUCAAAAUGCUGUCCAAGAACCUCUCCAUCCCCCCACGUGUCCAAGAACAGCUUUUCCAGAAGAAGUCUCAAACACCCACCCCCACAGAGACCAUUGCCACAGCCGAAAAAGUGAUCGAAUCAGCCAAUGAACGACCUGGAAGCUCGGUCCCAGAAAAUGUUGAUUCGGAGGUUCUCACCCGGGAAUGGUACGACAACUUCCAGUCGCCAUACGACUCGCUCUCUAGCACCAUAAGCUACACAGAUCACGCUAAGCGCGCCAACCGCGUGCGUAUCCCAGCGCUAUUGCCUCCUGGAAUUGACUUGGAGCAGAUUCGCGAAGAUCGUGAAGUUGCUGUGUACAACAAAAUUACUGCUCGUAAGGCGGAGCUUGCCCAGCUUCCCGCCAACCUCGGGGUGUGGGACACAAGCAAGACCGACACCCCCACGUAUGACGACUCGCUCAAGCUGAAGGCCUUGAUUGAGUGGAAAUCCCUAAACUUGUUGCAGAAGCAGCGCCAGUGCCGCAAGCAACACCAGGGCGAGAUGUUCCAUUACAGUAACCUCGGAAUGACUGCCAAUCGAUCAAGCCACAGACGUAUGAAGAAGCAGUCUCUGCGUGAGGCUCGCAUUACCGAGAAGCUUGAGAAGCAACAGCGCGAUGCUCGCGAAUCCCGGGAGAAGAAGAAGCAGUUCGAUCAGAUCCAGGCAAUCCUCAACCACAGUGUGGAGCUUGCCAACGCCGCUGGCCAGCAACGCGCCCGCUCCCAGAAGUUGGGUCGUAUGAUGAUCUCUCACCACCAGCACAUGGAACGCGAAGAGCAACGACGCGUGGAGCGAACCGCCAAGCAGCGUCUCCAGGCCUUGAAGGCUAACGAUGAGGAGACUUACCUGAAGCUUUUGGGACAAGCCAAGGACUCCCGUAUCUCUCACCUGCUCAAGCAGACCGAUAACUUCUUGAAGCAGCUUGCUGCCUCCGUCAAGGAACAGCAACGUAGCCUCGCUAACCGCUAUGGCGACGAACCUGUACCCGACGAAGAGUCCGACCAGGAGCUUGCCGAUAGUGAGAAUGAGGACGAUGACACAACCGCCAGCGGCAAGAAGAAGGUCGACUACUACGCUGUUGCUCACCGUAUCCAGGAAGAAGUUACCACACAGCCUAAUAUGCUUAAGGGUGGUACCCUGAAGGAGUACCAACUCAAGGGUCUGCAAUGGAUGAUUUCUUUGUACAACAACAACCUCAACGGUAUCUUGGCAGACGAGAUGGGUCUCGGAAAGACCAUUCAGACGAUCAGUUUGAUCACCCAUAUUAUUGAGAAGAAGAAGAACAACGGGCCUUUCUUGGUCAUUGUUCCCCUUUCGACACUUACCAACUGGAACAACGAGUUCGAAAAGUGGGCACCUGACGUGGGCAAGGUUGUCUACAAGGGUCCACCCAACGCGCGCAAACAGCAACAGCAGCAAAUUCGAUGGGGUCAAUUCCAGGUUCUCCUCACCACCUACGAGUACAUUAUCAAGGACCGCCCUGUUCUGAGCAAGAUCAAGUGGACACACAUGAUUGUUGACGAAGGUCACCGCAUGAAGAACGCCCAAUCCAAGCUUAGCAGCACUCUCUCGACAUACUACACCACCCGCUACCGUAUCAUUCUGACUGGUACUCCCUUGCAAAACAACCUGCCUGAACUUUGGGCUCUUCUUAACUUCGUCCUUCCCAACAUCUUCAAGUCCGUCAAGUCGUUCGAUGAAUGGUUCAACACGCCGUUCGCCAAUACUGGUGGCCAAGAUCGCAUGGACCUGAGCGAAGAAGAACAGCUGCUUGUUAUUCGUCGUCUGCACAAGGUUCUUCGUCCCUUCCUUCUUCGUCGUCUGAAGAAGGAUGUCGAGAAGGAUCUUCCCGACAAGCAGGAGCGAGUCAUCAAGUGUCGAUUCUCUGCUUUGCAGGCCAAGCUGUACAAGCAACUCGUCACCCACAACAAGAUGGCUGUCAGCGAUGGCAAGGGUGGAAAGACUGCCCGUUGA